AUGUCUGGCUUACUUCCUAUUUCCACAUACAAUUUGGCCCUUAAGCCCUUCAGCCCUGCCCCUGCUGUCGAGGAGGACUUCCCAGUGACCAUCAGAUUGACUUUGGCUGCUGUGGACCCCGAGGCAGUCGAUGACAAGGCCGAGCCAUCGACUCUUCGUUUGUUGAAAAGAAGCACUUUGUUCGACGACGAUUUCGAUGAGGGCGAUGAUGAUGAAGAUGACGAGGAUGAUGAAGAUGACGAAGAAGACGAAGAAGAAGAUGAUGACUUGGAUGACGAGAAAGAUGAGCCAAAGAAAAAGAAGGCUUCUAAAGAUGAAGACGAAGAUGAUGAAGAUGAAGAUGAUGAAGACGAGGACGAUGACGACGAGGAUGAUGAAGAUGAUGAAGACGUCUCUGAGUUUGUCGUCUGUACUCUUUCUCCCAAGGUUCAGUUCCAGCAGACCCUCGACUUGACCAUCACUCCAGAUGAAGAGGUCUACUUUGUAGUCACUGGUUCUUACCCUAUCCACUUGACUGGUAACUACGUCGAGCACCCUGCUGACGAAGACUCUGAAGAUGAUUACGAUGACGAGUAUGACUCGGAAGAGUACGAUUUGACUCCCGAUGAGGAUGAGUUGCUCGAGGAACAAGACUACGACUUGGACGAUUUGGAGGAUGCUUCUGAUGUUGAGAACAAGAUAGAAGAGUUGGUGGAGGAAGACAACAAAAAGAGAGCUUCUGACGAGGCUGAAGAUGAAACUCCCAAGAAAAAGUCGAAGAAGAAUAAGGAAAAGUCCGUCAAGUUCAACAAGGAAUUAGAACAAGGACCUUCCGGCUCCACCUUGGCCAAGAAGGACGAGAAGGAGACACCAAAGAAGAAGGAACAAAAAAAGGAAACCGAAAAGAAGGAACAAAAGAAAGAUACUCCAAAGAAGGAUGACAAGUCUGAAGACAAGGAAAAGAAGUUCGCCACCAAGACCUUACUUGGUGGAGUUAUCACCGAGGACAGAAAGGUCGGAAAGGGACCCACUGCCAAGUCUGGAAACAAAGUUGGCAUUAGAUACAUUGGUAAGUUGAAAAACGGAAAGGUUUUCGACAAGAACACCUCUGGUAAGCCAUUCGUUUUUGGAUUGGGAAAGGGCGAAUGUAUUAAAGGAUUCGACUUGGGAGUUGCAGGCAUGGCCGUGGGAGGCGAAAGAAGGGUUGUUAUUCCUCCAAAGAUGGGCUAUGGCUCGCAAGCCUUACCAGGAAUCCCUUCCAACUCUGAGCUCACUUUCGACAUCAAAUUGGUUUCGCUUAAGUAG